UGGCUGUCAAGUUAUGCAAUGCCUUAAGCGGUCAGUUCUCGAAUAGCAGUAUCCCAAUGAUCAACUUUUUCUGUCAAUUUAAAGAAAAAACAAAAAGCAAAUUUGCGACAAACAAAAACAAUAUAAUCAAGACAGGGAGAGGUUCAUGCCAAUUGCAAGCAUUCGAUCUGAUUGAUACACAAUUACAAGAAAUAAUGGGACCACAAUUAGAAGGUUUGACAAACAAUUAUGAUGAUGACUUUAGAAGCCAAGAAGAGGUGGUUACUGAACAUGUUCAUGAUGCAAAUUACUGUGAUGAGAGUGAAGUGGUUUUCAAUAAUGGGAAAUGCAGCGCCUAUACUCCUCAACAACUGAAGAGGCCCAAAACUACAAAGCUAUCAUGUACGAAAACGAAUCUUCGGACUGUUUUGGAUGCAGUUGAUUUGGAAACUGUACAGCAACAGUUAAAAAACUUCCAUUUCGCAGUGCUAACAACAGCUGCUGUUGGGGCGUUAAGCAGUUAUUCCUGGAAUGACAAAGUCAUGUAA